ACUUUAUUUUGUUUUUCAAGAGAAGACACGGAGUCUUCUUCUUUCUUCCUCCAACUUCCCUGCAGAAAACCUCAGAGCGGAGCAGCUCAAAAAUCUCAGCUAAAACCUUGACCGCCACAACCAACAAGAAUUCUCAACCAUAAAGAGGAAAGGAGAGAAGGCGACAAGGCAAACUAAUCCGAAGAAGAUAAUGCGGAAAUCUGCAGCAGCUGAACAAUUGGAGGUAGAAGAUGGAGUAACAGUGAAGCAGCAGCUCAGCAUUCUCUUCAAGAAUGGCAAGCUCUAAGCUCACAGCUUCACUUUUCUCCGCUCUCUUCCUCUUCUCCACCCUCCUCCCCUCGUCACAGUCAGCUGACCCAGAUCAGCAGCCGUAUGUGGGAGUGAACAUCGGAACGGACGCCUCGGGCCUUCUCUCCCCGCAGGCCUUGGUAUCGUUCCUCCAAGUCCAGAAGAUCACUCACGUCCGCCUCUACGAUGCGGACCCGGACAUCCUCAAGGCGCUGUCCAGGACCAAGAUUCGGGUUAUCAUCGGGGUCCCAAACAAUCAGCUCCUGGCAAUCGGGUCCUCGAAUGCCACUGCUGCCUCCUGGAUUGGUCGCAAUGUGGUGGCAUACUACCCGCAGACGCUAAUUGUUGGGGUGGCAGUCGGGGACGAGGUACUGACGACAGUGCCAUCUUCUGCCCCUGUAUUGAUGCCUGCGAUCGAGUCCCUGUACAGUGCCCUUGUGGCCUCGAACCUCCACACCCAGAUCAAGGUGUCAACCCCGCACGCAGCCUCGAUCGUUCUGGACUCAUUCCCUCCUUCCCAGGCAUUCUUCAAUCAGAGCCUGACGUCGGUCAUGCUCCCAUUGCUCCAGUUCCUGUCAAAGACCGGAGCCCCAUUGAUGAUGAAUCUGUACCCUUACUAUGUGUUUAUGCAGAACAAGGGUGUGGUGCCUCUUGAUAAUUCGCUCUUCAAGCCCCUGACUCCUUCCAAGGAGAUGGUUGAUCCCAACACUUUGCUCCAUUACACGAAUGUUCUUGACGCGAUGAUCGACGCUGCCUAUGUUUCCAUGAAGAACCUUAAUGUUACCAAUGUUGUGGUUCUCGUCACUGAGACCGGGUGGCCCUCGAAGGGGGACGCCAAGGAACCUUAUGCUACCGUGGACAAUGCUGAUACAUACAAUUCAAAUCUAAUCAAGCACAUUCUUGAUCGGAGCGGGACACCUUUGCACCCUGAGGUCACGUCUAAUGUUUACCUCUACGAGCUGUUCAACGAGGAUUUGAGGACUUCUCCAAUCUCGGAGGCGAACUGGGGGCUCUUUAAUGCGAACACGACUCCUGUUUACCUUCUCCACGUGUCAGGGAGCGGGGGUUUUCUAGCUAAUGACACGACGAACCAGACCUACUGUGUGGUGAUGGAUGGCGUGGAUUCGAGGACACUGCAGGCUGCACUGGACUGGGCAUGUGGACCUGGCCAAGCGAACUGCUCGGAGAUCCAACCCGGGGAGGACUGUUACCAGCCCAAUAACGUGAAGAACCAUGCCUCGUACGCGUUUGAUAGUUACUAUCAGAAGGAAGGAAAGGCUGCAGGGUCUUGUGAUUUCAAGGGUGUCGCCAUGAUCACUACCACUGAUCCGAGUCACGGGAGUUGUAUUUUUCCUGGAAGCAAGAAGGUGAGCAAUAAGACAAGGCAGAUGGUGAACUCGACCGUGUCCAGUGGAGCUGCUGAGAUUUCGAAAAUCGUCCUCUUCAGGAGCUUCAGAGUGACUUCGAUGGUAGAAUUGGUUUCUAAAGGUCCCUUCUCGGUUUCUCUCGCCAUUAGUGUAUUAUUAUUGUUUUUAUGAUGCCUCGCCGAUAAGAGUACAUAAGAACGGAAUAAUGCUUUUUUGUGAAUGUAAUCAUCAGGAAUAUCCCCUCAUUUAUCAAUGUAGUGAAGCCAUUUUUUUGGAGGAAGCUCGGGAAUUGUAUGUAAUAACAGAUCUGCCACGUUGUAUCAAUCCGUGUAUAAGUGAUUGGGUUCAGGUGGAGCAAUUUCAGUUGGAGCAAUUUGUAGGUUGAUUGGAA